UCCGACCCUCGAGAACUCCGAAUCACCUGAGUGUCAAGACUUGUGCUAAUGUAUCCUUGGAUUUUUAUAUACCAUAUUUUAAAAAUUGAGAAUUGCUGCCUUCAACGCCACAUUAUUGUUCUCAAAGGGAUCAAAGGGUUCCAGCCCAGUUUUUCCUUUUACUGAAAUUGGACGGACUAUAGAUAUGUGUUCUGUGAGAUACAUCGUAUUUACAUGCUGUAAUGAAACCAUAAUGGUAUGCAAUAAUCAUAAUGGGGACUCAAAUUCCACUGUAUUUUCAUCCAUAUUAUGGAAAUAAUCAGCCAGUGAAUAAUAGACAUAUCCUGAGCUGCCUUUGGCCACACUGACAGUUUUACGGAUUGGACUAAUGGAUUAGCGGAAUUAUAACCUCAAGGAUGAAGGUAAAUGGAAUCCUAUUAGAUUCACAGAGUGACAGGUGCGCAAAUCCGGGAACUAAAGGAACGAGGGAUUCGCGGAUUCACGACCCUCGGAGUUACAAAAACGCGGAGGCUGCAAUGGACAUAAACAUUGAGGAUCUCCCUGAUGAAAUUAUCAUUCAAAUUUUGCAUUUUCUCAGAAGCGAAGACCUCAUUUCCGUGUCAUGCGUGAGCAACAGACUCAGCGCCAUCGUGAGCGACAGGGAUGUCGUGAGAGAUCUGGACCUGAGAAGGAUUUACAAAUGCACCACAGAAGACCUGAAACUUUUCUUCCUCCCACGAAAAAGAUGUCACAACAUCCAGCACAUCAAUUUAGAGCAUGUUUACUGGAUCAAGGUCCCAAAUUUUGUGGUGAAGCUGAAGAGUCUUGUGUCACUGAAGAUGAAAGGAAUUCCUCUGACCUUUUUGCAACUGAAGUGGAUUUUAACGUCUUGCUCAAAGAUUCAGGAUUUAUCAAUAAGCUGGCCAGAUGAUAUGGAGUCUGAGAAUAGACAGCAAUGGAUAGGUGGCUUUGAGGAAGUAGCAGAUAUACUGAAUGAUUUAAAGUCACUACAAAUACUGAUUUAUUCCAACCCAGCACCAAUACUGGAACUUCUUACACUUUGCAAAGGCUUGAGGAAACUCUCCAUUAACAAUCAUCAUGCGCGCUGCUACUUUUCAACUCCAAGGGAUUUGAACAGUCAUAAAUACAAACUAGACUUCCCACAUCUGGAAGAACUUGUUAUAGACCAUGCUGAUGGGGCUUUUCCAUUCAGCUUAAUUGUAAGCCUCAUUGACAGCAUAUCUCAAGGUUACAAUUCUUCAGCUGAGUGGAAAACCUAUUGGAUAAAUACAGAAAUUCAGAUGGAUACAGAGCAUGUUAGAAGAUUGGGUAGCUUUGUGCUGAGCAAGUGUUCUACGCUAUUCCUUGCACUCACACCCUAUUUCCGUGAGAUGGUUCAAGAGACUGGUAUCCUGCACAAUUUGACUGCUUUAUCAGUAAAAGGCCAGACACCAGUCACUACAAACCUGUCCAACAUCAUUAGUUCAUGUCCGAAGCUCAAGUGUUUAAAUGUCCUGUUUGGAUUGAAUGUUACAGUGGAUACAAGGAAAGUUAGUGAAAAAUUGCCUAAGCUGGAACGACUUAGUAUAUGCUGCCAGCCAGAACAUGGACCUCCAAAAAUUGUAAAUGGAAUUGCAUUGCUUCAUAACCUGACUCAUCUCACAGUCCCAGUUUGUGCUCUCAUUGAGAAGCUGCCUGACAAGGAGAUAAAUGUAGCAAGUUCUGAGGUAGUCUAUACAGGAAGUUUUAAGAAAAGGCGUGUUGGGGUUACCCAAUGUCAGUCAAAUGCCGCAGUAGCUGCUUUUAACUUGGUGUUUGAUAAUUGUCCUCUUAUUGUCAUGCUAGAGAUUGGCUUUAACACAAGUACAUCAUGUAGUCCAGCUAAGGUACUCUGGGAAUGCUUGGAAAACAUAAAGAAAUUAAAGAGACUUACCCACCUAACUUUGGAUGGAGUUCCUAUUGCAAAUGGCAAUUUUCUUAUCGGGAUUACAAGAGAAUGUACAAGUUUGAAAUUCCUUCGCCUGAGAAGCUUGGGACCCUCAGGGAAGUGUGUGUACCUCUCCCACCUUAUACAAGCUCUUGCCUGUUGUAAGAAUUUAGUCAAUCUCAGAAUUCAGCAGAAUUACCUGGCUCCUGGUACUAACAUUUGCAAGGCCUUAGAAGAAUGCAACAGUUUGCAGCGAGUAUUCAUCAGUUCAGAGCGAGACACACAAGCUCUAGACUUGAAUGCUCUUUCCACUCUGAUUGACAAGCAGACCAACUUAGUGUUUGUGUUUGUCGUGGGCGCUAGCACAUCAAAAGAAAAAUGCACCACUUUUACCAGAAAGUACAAGAAGUCAGUCCGUCCAGCACUUGUGGUUCGUGUGCGAAACAUUUUGUAUGACGUCUUCGAUGAUAAGAACUCUGACAAUCGCACCACUCCAGCAUGUCACUAUAAUGAAAUGGUCACCUUUAGAAGUUGGGCCUUUGAUUAUGUAGCUUAGAUAUAUUUAUAUUUUUUAUAUAUAAAAUUACGUUUAUUCAAGACAAUUAUGUAAAUGUAUAAGAAAUUUGUAAAUAACAGUUGUGUGACUUUUGUUAAUGUUUAUGAGUUUUAUGAAAUGUUAGUGUCUUGUACUUACACUUUAUGAACACCCAAUCUUAUCACAGAAUAUGAAACUUCCUCACAAAGGAGAGAUUGCAUUUUAUGUAUUGAACAUUCCAGUGAAAUAAAAUCACUUAGUUUCAUAGCUUGUUUGAAUUCCAUUACUUGUGAAAUGAAUAAAACAUAGUCAACUUCAAAAUAAUGACUUUUCUGUAAAAAUAAAUGAAUCAAAAAUG